AUGGUGUCCAAAAUUUUGCUCCGGGUCCCGGUAAGGAAUAGGUUUGCCGCUGCUGGUUUCGUGCCGCAUCUGUCGGUCCGUACGCGCGUCCUCCCGCCCCGCCAGCCCCGUCCCAGCGAUCAGCACUGCGUCCCACCACCGGGCGCUUUGCGCUGUCCCCUCCCGGCUGUUUCAAACACAAAGAGAAUGUCUAACAAAUACAAACCAAAUGGAACCUGUAAAAAUAAUAUCCUGGCCAGAGUCUUCAGCCGCGCUGCCCUGGAGAGCUACCUGCCGCGGAUCCAGAAGGUUGUGAGCUGGGAGCUGCGGGGCUGGUGCAUGGAGCCGGGCUCCAUCGCAGUUUAUUCCUCCGCUAAAACCUUAACUUUCCGCAUUGCAGCUCGGAUUCUGCUGGGGCUCCGCCUGGAGGAAAAGCAGUCCCAGGACCUGGCCAAAACUUUUGAGCAGCUGGUAGAGAACCUCUUCUCCCUGCCCCUCAACAUACCCUUCAGCGGGCUGCGCAAGGGAAUCAAAGCACGGGACAUGCUACAUGAGUUUAUGGAGAAGGCUAUACAGGAAAAACUGCAGAGAAACAGCCCGGAAGAUCACAGCGACGCUCUGGAUUUCAUAAUAAACAGUGCCAAGGAGCACGGCAAAGAGUUCACCAUGCAGGAGCUAAAGGAGUCAGCGAUUGAGCUCAUAUUCGCUGCUUUUUUCACCACGGCUAGUGCCAGCACCUCUCUGAUCCUCCUGCUACUGAAGCACCCUGCAGUGAUUGAAAAAAUAAGGCAGGAGCUGGUGUCCCAGGAGCUGUACCAGCAGUGUGAGUGCUGCCCUGCUGGACCCUGCCUGGACACCCUGGCCACCCAGCGCAGGGACAGCGAGAAGACACUUCUCUGCCCCAUGGCCAAAGAUGCUCGCGAGGACCAGCGCCAGCCCCCAAGCCCAGCGGAGGAAGGCUCCCCGCAGCCCCGUGCCCCGCCGGAGGGGCCUGCGGGUGCUGCCCCCAGUCUCCGGAGGCUACAGGACAGCUCUGCAGACUUUCGAGCUGGAUUGCUGGUGUACCCCGAGGUGAAGCGCCUCAUGUUCCGCAUCGCCAUGAGGAUCCUGCUGGGCUUCCAGCCCCGCCAGGCCAGCCCCGACGGCGAGCAGCAGCUGGUGGAGGCCUUCGAGGAGAUGAUCCGCAACCUCUUCUCCCUCCCCAUCGACGUGCCCUUCAGCGGGCUCUACCGGGGCCUGCGGGCACGCAACAUCAUCCACGCCAAGAUUGAGGAGAACAUCCGUGCCAAGAUGGCCCGCAAGGAGCCAGAGGGUGGCUACAAGGACGCGCUGCAGCUGCUGAUGGAGCACACGCAGGGCAACGGGGAGCAGCUCAACAUGCAGGAGCUGAAGGAGUCUGCCACAGAGCUGCUGUUUGGAGGCCAUGAAACCACUGAAUUCAACCCGGAUCGCUUCAUGUCUCCAUCUCCAGAGGAUUCUUCUAGGUUCAGUUUCAUUCCUUUCGGUGGGGGCUUGAGGAGCUGCGUGGGCAAAGAGUUUGCAAAAGUCCUUCUAAAAAUAUUUACAGUGGAGUUGGCUCGGAGCUGUGACUGGCAGCUGCUGAAUGGACCUCCUACAAUGAAAACGGGCCCCAUAGUGUACCCUGUGGACAAUCUGCCUACCAAAUUCAUAGGUUUCAGUGGCCAAAUCUGAGAGCUCAAUGCUUGCCUCAGCUGGAUUUCUAGAUAGCAUCUAAUUAUGUACAUAGCAACUUUUUGUAGUAACAAAGGCCUUUAAAUAUUUAAACUUGUAAAUGUACAGUAGUUAUUUAUGUCUUCUAAAUAUUUCAGAAGGCUAUGAUAUUUUUUUUCCCCAAGCACUACAAUUAUGGGUCUCUGAUUCAUAAUUAGAUAAUGUUAUUUCUAUAGAAAUAAGUUUUCCCCUAUUUAAAAGUCUUACUGAACGCUGGCCAGCUAAGCAUUUGAAGACAUUUCACGAUGGUGUAUGUAUUAAGAAUUAUUCUUAAAGGCAUUUGAAACAGUGGUAACUAGCUACUCAUCCAAAUUACCUAAAAUGGUUAUUGUUUGAGAAUGUUUUCAGUAUUAUUUUUGUCUAGAUAUUAUGUUUAAUGUGUGAAUUUUAAGUUUGAUAAUAAAGUUUAUUUUUGAUGA